CAUGAAGGCAGCAUUGACGUAGUUCGUGAGGUGCAGAGUUUUGUUUUUUGAACAGUAUUUUUGUUCCACGCAGUUGUGUGUUAAAAAUAAAAUAAACCCUGUAUUUAAUGCCUCGGAAAGCUACUAUAGCUGGUUAACUAGCUAUGUAUUGUCGUCAGAUUUUGCGGGCACGGUUCGUCGGGACCGGAGCGACUCACCUCAACCGUUUGCACCGCGUUUGUCUAACUGAGGUAGCUCUUAAAAUAAACUGUCUUGUUCUCAUUCUCAUGAACAUUUUCCUUUCUUUACCUGCAGCAGAGCAUUUGGACAACACCUGUCCUACCAGCUCUGGUGGUGGCUGUGGGAAAUCUGCAGUGCCCCCCCGCCACCAAGAGAGACCACUGUGCACCAGAAGCGACGAGGUGAGGCUGGCGGAGGAGGCCAGCAAGAAGUACGGCUCCCCAGCUCCAACCAUCUUCUCCAAGGUUAUUGACAAAAGCAUCCCCGCAGAUAUCAUUUAUGAAGAUGAGAAGUGUUUGGCAUUCAGGGAUAUCAGCCCACAGGCCCCUGUUCAUUUCCUGGUCAUCCCAAGAGUCCCUAUUCCUAGAAUAAGUGAGGCCAAAGAUGAUGAUGCUGAGCUCCUAGGACAUUUGUUGAUUGUUGCCAAAAAUGUGGCAAAGCAAGAAUCUCUUGAUAAAGGAUACAGAGUGGUUAUCAAUGAUGGAAAGCAUGGUGCUCAGUCAGUUUACCACCUUCAUAUCCACGUCCUGGGAGGAAGACAGAUGACAUGGCCUCCAGGAUAAUGGUGUCAUAUGUAUGUUAACGUGUCUGUCAGCUACUUUGAUUUGCUUAAUCCCAUUAGCUUGAUGUUAUAUGUGGUGGGUGUAAUUGAUUAAAAAAAAUCAUAUUCUCAUCCCAUUUCCUUAAAAAAAAAAACUCACUUCCUCACACAGAAUAAGAAAUGUAAAUAUGUUGAUCCUAACAAAUGUAAAACUUAAUUGUAAAAAGUCAGAGUAAAGACAUUAUGUUUGAUACAGCUGCUAAUAAAGACACUUAAAAAUA